AUGAGUUCGAUUAUUAUUGGAUUACUGUCGUUCAAUUUGGCUGCUGGCGUUGUUGUUCAGACAGCCUCGGGACCAGUGGAUGGAUUGGAGUUGGAUUUGGAGGGAAAGAAAAUAAAUGUGUAUCUGGGGAUACCUUAUGGAGAAGCGCCCGUCGGGGCUGGAAGAUUCAAGGUAAGAGAAAAUUGGGUUGGAAAUAAGAAAAUAAUUCAAAUCCCAUACAUAGUCAAUGAAUUUUCAACCAAUUUUGCGUCAUUUCAGAAGCCUCUCUAUGUAAAACCUUGGGCUGGAACCAAAAACUGCACUAGUUUUGGCUUCAGUUGUCAUUAUUUCGAACCAACUCCUCGGCCCUUCCUAACCAACCCGCCAUUCUCAGAAGACUGCCUUAACCUCAAUAUAUAUGCCCCAAGUAUUCCAACAGGGUCAUCCACCAAACUGCCAGUGUUAUUUUACAUCCAUGGAGGUGGAUAUUUAACGGAUACAGCCGCAUUUUUUGGACUAGAGAUAACAGCCAAGAUAUUACCCAAAAAAGACGUGAUUGUGGUCACAGUUAACUAUCGAUUGGGACUUUUCGGAUUUCUUAGUACUCCAGAAGGCACCGUGCCGGGGAAUCAAGGACUUUGGGAUAUGGCGUUGGCUUUAGAAUGGACUUAUGAUAACAUUGAGAGAUUUGGAGGGGACAAGGCAAAGAUUACGGUGGGAGGACAAAGUGCGGGCAGUAUGGCGUCGGAAUUACUCUUUCUGUCACCAAAGAGUCAAGGCAAGUGGAAUCAAGCAGUUCCAUGGACUUCGCCAUUUGUUGGAAAGAGAGUUGGGGAAUCAAGAGAUCUUCAAUCUUUUGCCUUGUUGACUGGUCAAAUCACCAAUGGUUCGCGCACCCUAGCUCACGUGCAUUGGAAUCCGCAGAGACUUGGAUAGGAGCGACUUGAGCUAACUGAUUCAAAUCAAGAAGGCUUGAUUGAAGACUCCAGACCCUCAACAAGCCUCCGCCGGCUCUGUUUCUUGCGGUUAUUUGGGACAACGAGCUAGAAUUAUGGUCCUUCAACCAGGCCAAACUAGAAGAUUUUUUGAUUCCUCAUUUUCUUUGAUCUCUAAUUGACGACUUUCUAUUGCGAAUUAUAUGUUUUAGGCAUGAUCAAUCAGCUAAUUCUCAUGUCUGGCACAAAUUAUGAUACGAUGGCACCUCACGCCGACCCUCAACUCUAUGCAAAUAUCUUAGAGUUUGCCAAGGAGGAAGGUCUCAAAUCAAGUUCUGAAGCAGACUUGGUCGAAUUCUUAAGUGCAUUACCAGCUGAAAAGAUCUCCCUUAAUUUCGGCGGGAAUACAAAAGAUCAUCCAAAUAUAACAAUGAAACCUUGGACAGUAAUUGAUGGGGAGUUGUUGCCAAGGUCGCUGGAUGAGUUAAGAAAGCAGGCUCCGAAAGUUAACGUUCUAAUUGGAGUUACAAGGAAUGAAGGAUUAAUGUUUGGUAAGACAAUUUGCAAAGGAAAUGUUCCCGCUGCAACGCUCAGACAAUUCUUGAAAAUUUUGCUUACGCUUUGUAGAGAAGAAGAAUUUAGUUUAGUGAUAGUUUGAGCGAAUUUUUAUUAAAGCAUUGCACUUCGAGCACUUCUCUGUUUAAACCUAUGUAUUAAAUACUUCUAUUGUCAUCUUGCAGUCAAUAAUCCCAAUCUAACAGCCUGCGCUAUGGAGAAAAUCAGCGAAUACUGUGACGCCAAGCAUCUAAAAGUUACUGAUCUUCAAGAAGAAGAUCUUUUUCAUCAUUUUGUCCAUCAAGAUUUGCUCUCAAAUUCAACCGAAUACACCCAGGAAGUCCUGGAUAUAAUCUCGGACCUCACCUUCAACAACGGGAUAUAUCAAUGUGCUGAAGGUUUGGCAGGAGAAGAUGAACGGAAUACAUUUGUUUAUCGAUUCGAUUUUUAUCAAAAACGAGACGCCACAACGGUAUUUCCAAGGGUCAUUGAAGGUGAGGAUUUGAACGUUAAACUUCUGUAUGAUUACUAGCCAUUACUUUCGCAACGCACGUAGAAAAAUCCCUGUGGUUUAUGCAGAAGAGUUGAAAAUCUCGUACUUGGCUUAGCAAAUUGUGUUUUCAAUUUGAACCAACUUUCAUCCAGUUUUAUUUCCUUCCCAUCGCCAUGAAUAUUAAUUUUACAUGCUGUAAUAUUACAUACUUUAGGUGCCACCCAUUGCGACGACCUGCGGUACAUUUUCGGCAUCGAUCUUAUUCGAGAAUAUAAACCGACAGAGGAAGAUUUGGCCAUGACCGAACAAUUCAGUGAUUACAUCGCCAACUUUAUAAAAACCGGGUGAGAAAUAUCAAAGAACAUUACAUUACGCUACUCUAAUAUCAGAAUUCAACUCGUCUUUCAGAAAUCCUGGUUCAAAUUGGCCGAAAGUCUUAGGGAAUUCGGGAAAUGUAGCCAAUCUAAUAAUCGAUCUGAACAAUACUCGAGUUUCCGACGAUUUAUUUGAUGGCCGGGCCAAAUAUUGGAGAGAUUACGGUAGUUCAGCUCAAUUCAUAGCAAAUACACUAGUCAUUUUUGCCGGUUACCUAUUUCUGGUGCUCUAA